AUGGCCGUUCAACUCGCUUCGGUAAUGACUGACAGCACGGAGAUACAACGCGAUGAUGUUCUGGUGGUUAUUUUCCUAUUCGGCUUAUAUGAGAUGUUUACAUCCUCCUCCCGCGAUGGCUCAUGGAUCACCCAUAUGCAAGGCACGCAAUCAGUCAUUGAACACCAAGACAGCACCAGGCUGGCAGAUGACUCAAAUUAUCUAUCGAUAUUAUGCACGCAUCUGGUUGUUUAUUAUUUGACUGAAAACAAAGAUCCACCACCGCAUCUUGACCGCUGGAUUCAGCAAAUUCCAUUUGAAAAUGACCUUAAGAAGCAUCUUGUCAGACUGAUGUCGGAGGCGUCAAGGCUAUGUAUGAGGCUAAGACAAAGGUGUGCCUUGAAAGGUGCCACUGACCAUGCUGAUUUGAGUGUCCUGGACGAUUCUCUUGCUCUGGAUAUGAAACUUGAGGCAUGGGCCACACAGCUGCCUCCAGCGUGGUCGUAUAUUGCCCAGACAUCACUGUCUCACAGCAAGCGCCCAAAAUGGUCCAAACAAUUGUUUUCAGGUCCAGGUGCGCCUGAAAAAAUGGUAUCCUACUUCACCUCUCUAUCGGCUAGCAAUUGGAAUCUAUGCCGAGCCACUCGCAUUCGACUUAAUCUCACGCUUCUAAAAUUCUUGGACAAACGCCCGUUCUUGUCACCUCAUAUCCCAGAACUGAGAGCACGGACUAUUGAGAUAUUGCUAAAUUUGACGAACGAGGUCGCUCAUACAUUAGCUUACUUGUUCAAUCUCUCCCCUGAUGGCUCCUCCGAUCUUGCGUCACCAAGUGAGAUCCCCACUAUCUGGGCUUAUAUGGUGAUGUGGCCUACCUUUACCAGCUACUUCUGCUUACAGCAGAAGUUGGUCAAAGAGAAAGAUACAUUACAAAGAGGUGUUUGGUUCAGAAAAGUGCUCAAUUUCUUGAGCGAGUCCGCCGGCAUAGCGAAAGUACGGAUUUUGGUCCAGGAAACAACAACCUAG